AUGGGCUUUUUGGAUGCCUACACUCCAAUCCCUUUCGAGGAGGCUAGGAAGACGCAUGAGGUGGUAAAGAGCUCUGCGAUCGAGCAACUACUGAAUAACUGGCAGCGUUCUCGGAAUUGGACGAAGCCACUAUGUAGGCUCAAAUGGGGAGACGAGAUGGAAUACAUGCUCAUCCAAAUGGAGAAGGGGAAGCCACCCAAACCUUAUUGCCAUGCUGAUGAGCUGAUAUCCAUCCUUCGGAAGGGUGACGGCGACAUCUGGCGACCUGAGUACGCCUCUUAUAUGGUAGAGGCAGUGUCGGACCCCCCGAUGGAUCUCGUUCAACCCGAUUUUUCCGCCAGGGUUUUCGACAGCCUUCGUACACGUCGUAAACUGAUCAAAGAGGUUUUACCCGAUGGUGUUGAGCUUGCGAGCAUCGCUGCCUUCCCUACGAUGGGAGCUUCCUAUACACACGAUGGGGAGGCUCUCGGAGGCCCGGCUUCGAGAAGCAUAAUGGUGCCAGAGAGCGUCAUAACCAAUCAUGCCAGAUUCCAAACACUUACGCGGAGCGUUAGGAAACGCAAAGGAGCCAAGGUGUGCAUCUCGGCUCCGCUGUAUAAAGACAAAAAUACUCCCACCUGGGGUACCAUCGACUGUGAUCCGGAACUUUCGGCAUGGGAAGUGCAGCAAAAUGCUGCUAUUGACGAGAUGAACCCACUGAAGGGAAGGAUUUAUAUGGACGCCACGGUCUUCGGCUUCGGGCAGAGCUGCCUACAGAUGACUUUCGAAUCCGCAAGUCUGGAUGCCGCCAGGGCCCUCCAUGACCAGUUUUGUGUCGUUUCUCCGCUUUUUAUGGCGUUGGCAGCAGCAGCGCCGUUCCAGCGAGGCUUAGUGUCGGAUUACGAUGUUCGGUAUCAGCUGCUCAACCAGUGUGUCGAUGAUCGAACUCUCGCGGAGGCGACUCGAGGGAACGCUGUAUACGUCAGUCAGUGUGCUCAAGCAGUUAAGAUGUCAGACCUGCCCGUGGAGCACCGUUCCGAUCAGAAACUGAGACUCAUCGAAGGCGGUAUGGAUGAGCCUCUGGCUGAUUACAUGGCCUACUGCUUCUAUAGAGACCCGAUGAUCAUCUUCAAAGAGAGGAUAGAUCUGGACAAUUCUGUCUCGACUGAGCAUUUUGAGGGCAUGUAUUCAACGUUGUGCCCAAUCGUGCGGCUGAAACCGCCACCGCCGGCCCAAGAGAACAUUCAUUGGCGAGUUGAGCUGAGGACGCCUGACGUUCAACUCAGUGAUUUUGAGAAUGCGGCGUUUGUUACUGUGGCGGCUCUGCUCGCCAGAGCUAUUCAAAGACGAGCGACCAGCGCAGAUUGUUGUGCUGGUGGUCAGGUUUCGGAGUUGAUUCCGAUUUCAUUGUUACUGGAGAACAUGCGUCGAGCACAUAGAAAUGAUGCUGUUCGGAGAGUGAAGUUUUGGUGGAAUGAUAGAGGGGCUAUUCAGGAGCGCACUAUGGAGGAGAUCUGGUGCUCUCCUGGAGGGUUACUGGACGUAUGCCGUAGCGAGCUGUCCAAGGGUUAUGCCGGUGCACCGUGUUGCGGCUCGGUCGGUCGUCGAAAUGGUGUUCCAAAGGCUGCCUCCAAUGCAGCUAAAUAUAUCGAUUUUCUGGAAGCAAGGAUACGGGGCAAAGUCAUCACAGGAGCUCAAUUUUUGAGGCGGAGGUUGUAUGCCUCUAAGUCUUACAGCCAAGACUCGGUCAUCACCCCAGAUGCUGCUAGGGAGAUAGCUGAGCUUUGUAUACAUAUCGGUGACGCUGAGACUCUUGAGGAGCUCAUCGGGAUCGCCCCUGACAUGUUCGAGUAUUAG